CAAGCGCAUGCUCAUGAAAAUGGAAUCGACCAUCGUGUUAUUCGUGAGGAAAAUGGCAGAAGACUACUAGUACAACAAAUCCUGUGUAUUUUUGAGUGAUUGUCUGCCACGAACCUGGAGAAAAUUAACGAACGAUACUUCAGUUUAAAAACCAUACCCCUACAGGAACUGUAAGCAGCUCAAAUGUCACCGAAUUUUAGUUGAUCGUUAAAAUUGACUCCUAUUAUUGCGAGGUAGGCUCAAAAUCAACCGGCCUUAAUUCUUGGAUUGGAAACAGUGGUUUGGAGUUGUUUCGCACAUCCAUUCGACGGCAUACGUUCAAGGCAGCGAAUUAUUUAAUGCAAAAGUACGGGAGGUUCAGUAAAGCACGAUUUCAUGAGAAUCAAAAUGAAAAAGGGAAGCUUAAUUAAUUCGACUUCAUCGUCCGUCAUUAGCUCAUCCAAGGAUGGUGGCAAUACAAAAUCGACGAAGUCCGGCCCAGAUGGGCCUGAGUUUCUACCGCGAAUGGUAAACGAGCCCGAUGUGAGUCUUGAUGAGAUGCUCAGUCUUGCCUGUCGACAAGGUAAGCUUGAUAUUGUUAAGUUGCUGAUCCAGAGCGGUGCUAAGAUAAAUCAUAGAAAUAAGUCUGGUAAUACGCCUCUUCUAGAAGCUUGCAGUCAAGGCCAUGUGCCCGUAGCCAGAUUUUUGUUAGACAAUGGAGCAGAAAUUGAUGCACCAACAGAGACAACAUUAGACAGUCCACUGACAUGGGCCUGCACACUUGGGAACACAGAGGUGGUUCAUGAAUUACUUAGGCACAAGGCUAGUGUGGAACAUAGGACAAAGGAUGGCUGCACUGCAUUAAUGUUUGCUUGCCUUGCUGGGCAUGUUAAAGUUGCAGAGAUGCUUCUUGACAGUGAUGCAGUCAUAAAUGUAGAGUCAGACAGUAACAAAGACAGUCCAUUAACAUUUGCAUGUUGGAAAGGACACAGUGAAGUGGUAGAUCUCUUACUUAGCCGUGGUGCCAACAUAGAACAUCGAACCAAGGAAGGCUUUUCCCCACUCAUGUUUGCUGCACUAGGUGGGCACACAGGUGUUGCAACAAAACUUUUAAAAUGUAAGGCCCAAGUCAAUGUCCCAAGUGGAAGCAAUAAUGAUAUUCCUCUAACAAGUGCCUGUUGGAAAGGUCACCACGAUGUUGUUGAACUUCUGCUUGCACACAAAUCAAACUUAGAGCACAGAACCAAAGAUGGAUGCACUCCACUCAUGUUGGCUGCCAGGGAAGGUCACUUGCAAGUUGCUCGUCUGCUACUUCAACAUGGCGCACAAGUCAAUGUCCCCUCAGGCAGCGAAAACAACAUCCCCUUGACACUGGCAUGCUGGAAGGGACACACAGCAGUCGUUGAGCUUCUUCUACAGCAUGGCUCUGAUAUCGAACAUCGUAACAAAGCAGGGUGUACCCCAUUGAUGCUUGCCUCAAGAGAGGGUCAUUACGAUACUACAAAGAUACUUCUUGAAAAUAACUCACAAGUCAACGUUGCAUCAGGUAGCAAUGACGACACUCCUCUCACGCUGGCAUGUUGGAAAGGCCACAGUAUCGUGGUUGAGCUUCUGAUCAAAUAUAAAUCAAAUGUGGAUCAUCAGACGAAAACAGGCUGUACGCCUCUCAUGGAAGCAACUAGGGAAGGACAUAAGAAGGAUGCUGAAAUACUUUUGAAUCAUGGCGCUGACGUCGAAUUACCCGAUAAUUACGGACAAAGUCCACUCUUCAUGGCUUGUUGGAAAGGUCAUUAUGCAGUAGCAGAACUGUUGCUGGAAAGAACAGCGAACCGAGAUUGUCGCACGAAAACUGGAAUAACGCCUCUAUUUCAGGCAUGUCGGGAAAAUCACGUCUCAAUCGUUAAGCUUCUUUUAAACUACGGUGCAAGCGUUAAUGCCACCUUUCCAAAUAGCAGGGAGAAUCCGUUGACACUUGCUGCAGAAAAGGGACAUAAAGAGCUCGUGAACCUCUUGCUACUUAGGGGUUCAAAUCAUGACUGUCACACCAAAAAGGGUUGCUCUCCUCUAUUUCUCGCUUGCAAAGAAGGUCACAAGGAAAUUGCUGAAAUGCUCUACUCUGCAGGAGCCGACAUGGAGUCCACCGACUGCCGCGGAAAUACACCAAUAAUGGCGGCCUUCAGAUCUGGUCAUGUUCACGUUGUCGAAUGGCUAAUUAAACACACUCACCACCUCCCAUCUGAUGAGAUAUGUCACAAAAUUUUGAUGUCCGUCGUGGAUUGUAAAGAUAAGGAAGUGUUGUUUCAAAAGAGGAGCAAAUGUCUCGCGUUGAUUCAGGAGGCCAAAAAGAGGAAGGAAUUAGAAGCUUUAAAGAACGCCCAGAGUCUUGUGAAGGAAAUUGACGAUGAGAUAACUCGCGAAGAGAAGAAGAAGAAAAAGCAGGCGGAAAAACGUCGAGAUAAGCGACGAAAGAAGAAGUCACUCCGAGAAAUGGAAUCAAACACCAGCACAGUGGCAAGUAGCGAGCCAUUAGAAAAUCGUGUCGGUGAAAACGGGUUGAACGAUCAGGAUGACGACGUCAAUGGAAGUGAAAUGAAGCUCGAAAUGAACCAUGGGGAGGAUGUUAUCGACGAUUUGGAUGACGAGGAAGUAAAAGCCGAGAAGCUCCAGCCAUAUGAGAACAGAGAAGAAACAGAACAAGAUGAUAUUUUCAUGGAAGCUGAAGAUGAAACCGUUCUGAAAUCUCGAGGCAAAACGACAGCUGGUAAUACGACUGUUGGGAAUAAUAACCUAAAUACCCAAAGCCGUGUUGCGAAUUUGGAACUCAAUAAAGGCAGCGUGAGCGGGGAUAACGAGGUUUUCGAGGACAGUGAUAGCCCACUUGUAAACGGAACAGUGACAAGCGAAAGCAGAAAGGAAAGGCGGCUCCGAGUCUCGUCAUCUUUACCUGAAACGGACCUGAGAAAUGAGGCAGUAGAUGAGAUGACUCACUCUCACGCGGUCGUCACCGUAAAACCGAGGCGCCGCUCUGCGUCUUCAGUCAGUGAUGAAAAUCAAGUUGGAGAGAAGUGGUCAAGGCCUAAAAACUCAGCAUCAAACCAAGGGAGUGAGUCCUCAGCAAAGGGAAUGUUGUUCUACGGCAAGCCAUCAACACCUGUCCACUCAAAUGGGCACUCAGUGCCCUCUAGCAGAAGCUCAUCCAACACUGCAACAGGAAAUUUAGAAUUUUUUGAAACAGACUGGAAAGAAGUGCACAAGACCAGCAAAACGCUCAUUAUUCAAAUGGUUGUACCAAACGCCUACUGUGGAAGAGUGAUCGGAAAAGCAGGAAGCAAGAUCAAUUCAAUAACGGAUGAUUCAGGUGCUCAAAUAACAGUUAACAAGCCCGAACCUCAAGCUCCAAAUGAUAGACUUAUAAUUGUCAAGGGAUCUCCGCAGAGCGUAGAGCGGGCGCGUUUUCUUGUCACCGAGGCGCUUAACUCGCCAAGCAUUUUUCAAAACCAAGGCAGGAACAGUAUUACCCUCGGUGGAUUCAUUGAUCAAAGGUCACUCUCCUCCGCGUCAUCAACCACUCCACCGCUGCCCACCCAACAGCAGCAUUCAGUGCCUAUGGGUAUGGAAUCUCCGAGGCAGUCACCAGUGGUAACAACGCCUAGCCCUCGAAGCAUCUCCUCUGUAUCUAAUGCCAUUAUUUGCAGUAGUGGCAAUAAUGUCACAACGAAUUCCUUUGCAUCACUACCAAAUCAGAGUCAUUUCGCAACGAGCCGCGUCUCUUACAGCAAAGUAACAAGUGGUGCCUGGCAAAUCUCGCCGACAAACAAAGGCUCAAAUCCCUUGAUACAGCCUCAGAAUCUCCCGACAAACACUAUUGCAGUCUCCACCCAAAGUGUUAGUACGACAGUAGCCCGCCCUACACAUGCUGUUGCUACGGAGUGUCCAGCUGACAUUGCGGAGAAUUGGGAUUCAUUACGUCACAGUGGCGACACAUCAUCAAAAGGUCGACCUGUUAAAGAAGGUGCUAUUAGCAAAGAGCAAAAUUCAGAGCAAUUUGCCUUCCCACCUGCCGGAUUUUUAACAUCAGAUAAAUUUGGCAGCACGAAUGCUAAUGAAAAUACGAGUCCACGACAGCAAGUCGAAGAGGAAGCUGAGUUCUCCUAUUUCAGCCCCUGGAAUCCUACAAAGACAGACAGUGGAUUGGCACGAACCAUUCCCGAAACAAGUGGCAGCUUGGAAGGCGAGGGCGCCUUGCAAAGCUUCAGUGCGCUCGUAAAGUCAAGCUUAUUUUCAAGGGACAUACCUCCGUUUCCAUGGCAAAAGGCUGAGGUAAUUAGACAAGACCGAAGUCGAAGUUGGGCGGGCAGGCCAACGCAACUCACAACUGACUUGGCCUCUCUGAAAAUAAAUGAAAAUGAUGGCAGUCAGUCAUUAUUUGGCAAUCGUUCGGUCUCAACUAACAUGCUAUCUGAGAGACAUACGCCCGGAUUCAAGUCGCCAUGGGGAACGCAAAUUGGCAGUGGUGCAAACACGGCGAAUGGCGAAGAAGUCAAUGAUCCUGUCUUUAUUGACAAGAUGCCUUGGAUUGGUGACGGGGGUGAUCGGGUGUCAGAUUCACUGUUGAUGAGCAACACAGAUACCUGGGAACCAUCCUCCAGUCCGACCAGCAGCUUGAGCAGCAGUCGACAAGAGCUGAACAACAUCCUUGACAAUGACAGUGGAGUUGGCGGUUCAAAUCUCUGGUCCCAGACCCCUACGUCCGAAAAAGAUUCGUCUUCUCAGCCAGCAAGGGAAUCAUCGUUUCUGGAAACGGCACUGGGUGCCACACCAUGGCUUAAUUCACGUGGCGCAUACAGUGCUCCUUCAUCGCCAGCGCUGCAACGCAGCAACGAUAAUCCUUUUCUCACCCCAAACAAACAGAAUUUGAAGUCGCAUCCCUCUAUGGAGGAGCUUAACAGUCGUGUUUGGGGAAAAGAGUACAUGGAACAGGCAGAAGAAAAUCCAUCUUGGGGUUCAAGCCGUUCAUCUCCACCCACGCGUCAGGGUAGACGAUUUAGCUCUGGUGCAGUGGUUGUCAGUAAUGACAACACACAGGACAGUGGCAUGUCAUCACCGCAUAACAGAAACAGUGAAUCAAGCAGAACAUCACGUGUUGAGAAGCCUAACGAUUCGCCUUUGGUGGCGAGCAGUGUAUGGAGGCAAGAAAGGUUCGAGAGCGUUGCAUCAAUGAAUGAUCUGCUGUCCUCCCUCGCGUUGGACAGAUAUAAAGAUUUAUUUCAGGAAAAUGGCAUCGGAAUUGAAAAAUUGAGUAACAUGUCAGAAAUUGAUUUGCAAGACCUGGGAAUCGCAAAGGGCCCAAGACUAAAGCUCUUGAGGGCAGUCUGUUUAAUGACAGAAUCAAGGUCACGUGAUGAGCCACACAAAAUUGACAAUACCGUCUCUUCCGUCAUCCAACAACAGCAGCAACUGUACGAAAACAUACCUCUUGAACAGUUAGUUGCUGGGCAGCAAACACAACAAUAUUCGAGCGGAUUCACGCCGCAACAGGGCCCACAUCACCUUCCACAGAUGCAAAUUCCAUUUCCACCCGGUUACGAACAUUUGCCGCACCACCGCUUUAACUUCGCACCGCAGCAUAUACGGCCGCCCCAUUCGAUGAUUGACAAUGCCUCGCAGAAACCAUUUCAGACUACUGAUUACAUGAACCAGCUGCCCCACCAUUCACAGAUGGCUCCAGGGUCGCAGGCACCAGCGUUUCCAGUCGUGUAUCAAGAGGGGCCUGCGUAUUUCUUUUAUCAACAUUAGAAGCAAUUUAGUGACUGUAUUCAUUCGACGGCGAUGUGUUCUCAUGCAUAUGCCACGUAGUUGUGUAUUUUUGGUGUUGAUGCGAAGGCGUGUAGCACGCUUUUGUCAAUCAUAGCUAAACCUUGUCUGAUCUCAUAAAACCGUGCGAUUCGCCUUGGGCGCUGGCUGUUUUUCCUGUUGAAAUUCGUAUCUUGUAUCCAUCAACUGCUUCCUCCUAUCUAACAAAGCUUUUUUCUCAAUUUUCAACUUCUUAAAAUCGUAAGUAAAAGUUUUCAGUAAAGGAUUUUGUUAAAAUUGUCAAAAAGGCAGGUGAUGUCUCUAACAAGUUUAACUUCUCCCUCGUUACUUCUCAUUCCAGUUUGAAAUUAUUCUCAAACUAAGGUUGAAAACUCAUAGUCAUAUUUCUAGAUACAUAAGGUAUUGUGGAAAGUAGCGCGCUCUUUUGUACCGCCAAGACUUUCCGGUUUAUUCUGCUAAGCUGACCUGGACCAUCUCUAAAGUUAGAGACCAUCUCCCAACCGUUUUGAUAAACCUACCAACCCAGAGCCCUAUAUAUCUAUCCUCAGUUAAUAACAUCAAUACCUUAUCAGAUAUCACUUUUGACCCUUGUGUUGUUAUUUAAGUUUAAAUUGAGAUCUUCGCUAUCAAGAACAAGUCACGGAAUUGUAAGUAUUCCUUCAGUUUGUUUGCUUUUAAUAGUGCUUUUCUUAGUAUAGAUUGUGUUUAUUAGUAUUGAUAGAUGGCCUCCGGGCCACAACAACGUAGAUGGCCCCCGGGCCACAACAACUGAUAGUUCGCUCUGUGUAAGAUCCGCCAUUUUUCUCGCGUUAGCUCAA